AAGCGUGAAAAACACGUGUACAGCAUGACUUCAUAUGAGACAUCAACAGACACUGCAAACAAAUGCAUAAUUUCUACUCCAGGACAGAGAAUAUGUCUUGCUGAAGACAAAUACAUCGGAGGAAGUGGGACCUACACUAGGCAAGGCUAUAUAAUGUCUUGUUUGGCAGGUGUUGUCAAAAUAACUUCACAACCUGAUAAAAGAAUCCUUGUAGAAGUCAGAAGUGGCAAAGAACAAACAGUUGUUCCAUCAGCUGGUGACAUUGUGACAGCAAGAAUAACACAGAUCAAUCCACGCUGGGCCAGGUGUGCAAUUUUGUGUGUCAAGGAUAUUGUUUUAGCAGAGCCUUUUAGAGGACAGCUGAGAAAAGAAGAUGUUCGCGCUACCGAAAAGGAUAGGGUUGAGAUGUACAAGUGUUUCCGGCCUAACGACAUCAUCCUAGCCAGAGUGCUUUCAUUAGGUGAUGCCCAUUCUUAUGUCCUAUCCACAGCAGAAAAUGAAUUAGGUGUUGUCAUAGCUUACAGUGAAGAAGGGACACCGAUGAUUCCGGUUGGAUGGCAAGAAAUGCAAUGCCCGAAAACAUACGUCAAAGAAAUGCGCAAAGUUGCUAAAGUUUCUCCUGAAGUAGUUUCAAACGAAAAUAUUAAAGAAGCAACGAAUUGAUAGCUUGCUCAAUACACGAGAGUUGGCAACAGA